CAUUAGUCAGCUUUUACUAAUCUUCGGCCUCGGCCUCGGAGUCUGCUGACCAACAUGACAUCACCAUUCUAGGGUUCUCGUUGAGAAAAGUACGACCUAACGAUUCUCAUGAUGCUACAAUCCUGCAUAUAAACAGGACAGCAGCUUGAAUCGGUCAGACACAGAAUUCACAUAGAACCAUUAAGCAUCUACCUCCCGUGGUAACGAAAAUGACCAUCGCCCUCCUGAUCACCGGUGCGACCGGCAAACAAGGUGGUGCUGUCGUCGACGGCUUACUCGCCCAAGGCGCAGAUGUGGAGAUCCUCGCCGUCACCCGCAAUGCGCAGUCUCCAUCGGCCCAGAAAUUGGCUCAAAAGUCGGAAAAGAUCAAGCUCGUCCAGGGUGAUCUGAACAACCCCGCGGGGAUCUUCGACAAUGCCAAGAAAACUUCAUCUUUGCCGGUUUGGGGGGUGUUCAGUCUGCAGAACCCCUUUGCCAAAGGCGAGAGUCUCGAAAGCGAAGAACGCCAAGGAAAGGCACUGAUCGAUGAGGCUAUCAAAAAUCGCGUGCAACACUUCGUCCAAACAUCCGUAGAUCGUGGCGGCGAUGCGUCGACCGAUAACCCGACGAAUGUCCCCCAUUUUAUCACGAAGUAUAAUAUCGAACAGCAUUUGUUCGAGAAGACUAAGGAUGGAUGCAUGGAUUGGACGGUUCUCCGACCUGUGUUCUUCUUUGACAAUCUUACACCGGACUUUAUCGGCAAGGUGUCUGUUACGGCGUGGGACGCGUAUCUGGAGGGAAAACCACUCCAGUGCAUUGCCACCAGUGAUAUUGGAAUCAUUGCGGCCAAGGUCCUCUUGCAGCAUGACCGAUUCAAGAACCAGUGUCUGUCCCUGGCUGGCGACGAGCUUACCUUCGAGCAGAUGGCGAAGAAGUUCAAGACCCAAACGGGAAAAAGCAUCCCGACGACAUUCCAUCUCGUGGCGUAUUUCAUCAUGAUGGUGGCUAAGGAUCUGAGGCUCAUGUUUAAAUGGUUUUAUACCCAGGGAUAUGGUGCGGAUAUCAAGGAGAUCAAGAAGAUUCAUCCGGGUUUGAAGGACUUUGAUACCUGGUUGAAGGAGGAGAGUCAGUUUACGAAGCAUUAAUGUGUAAUACCUAUGCUAGUUUAUGUCUACUGCUGUUGGGUUAUAGCUCUUUUAAUGUUUUACUCAUCUAAUGUACUUAGUGGAGCUUGAUCUGGGGUCUGGGGAUCAGUUCUGUCUGGCGUUUCUGGGUUGCCAAAAC